GCAUCCCCCUCUCCCUCUCUCACUCUCUGAAGGCAGGAUGAAGUACAGGGCAUUGAUGUGGGUCUCUUUCGGGCUGGUUCUACUGCUGGGAUGGGCACAGGCCCAGAGCCAACCGAGAACUACACAGAGAACCAACUACACCAGGCCUGUGUUUAAUUGUGGGGGUCACUUUGUGACGGACUCGGGGUUUGUGGGUAGUGAGGGCUUCCCCAGCUACUACAAGCCCGACAGCAAGUGCACCUGGUACAUCACGGUCCCCGAGGGUAACGUAGUCCUGCUGUCCUUCCGGGUCUUCGACCUGGAGGCCGACCCCAACUGUCGCUAUGACUACGUGGACGUGUACAACGGCCACGCCUACACCAUGCAGAAGCUGGGCCGGUUCUGCGGAACGUUCCGGCCCGGCGCCCUCAUGUCCACCAGCAACACCAUGAUGGUGGAGAUGGCGUCCGAUGCUGCCACGGGGGGGCGCGGCUUUGUGGCGUACUUCAACGCAGCCAAGCCCCACGUGGACGAAAACCAGUUCUGUGGCGGGAGGAUGACCAAACCGCAGGGUUCUCUGAAGACGCCAAACUGGCCGGAGAAGAACUACCCAGCAGGCAUCAGCUGCUCCUGGCACAUCACCGUGGAGCCCGACAUGAUAAUCGAGGUGAAGUUUGAAAAGUUCGACCUGGAGCUCGACAGCUACUGCCGCUUCGACUACGUGGCGUUCUUCAAUGGCGGCGAGAAAGACGAUUCGCGGAGGAUCGGGAGGUACUGCGGAGACCACCUGCCCGGAGACAUUGUGACCAAUGGGAACGAGCUCCUGGUGCAGUUCGUGUCUGACCUCAGUGUGACCUCGGAUGGCUUCAUGGCCAGUUACUCCAGCAUUGCCCGCGGGUCCAGGGAGCCCACAGUGGGGGGGAACAUCGGGAUAGGACCCCAUGUGGAGUCUGGACCCCCCAAACCCAAGCCCCCGCCACAGCCUCGCCCCGCCCCCUCCACACCCAAACCACCCCCUCCCCCCCAGCCGGAGCCCACCACACCCAAACCAGAGGUCCCAGAACGCCCCUCACCGCCCAGAACCCGGCCCGUCACUCCUGGGGGGACCAGGAAGGUGGUGGUGAAGAAGCCCCUCCCCGGGAGAAAGAACACACCCCAGAACCCCCUGUGUGCAGGAGAGUGUACACGGGCGGGAAACAUCCAGACCAGCUUCUGCAACAGUGAAUUCGUGAUCACCGGGAAGGUGACGGCCAUAACGCCGGCGGUCAGGGGCAGUGUGAGCGUCAGCGUGUCCCUCAUUAAGGCCUACAAGGCCGGCCAGCUCACCAUCACACAGGCUGGGGAGGCCAUGUCUGUGCGCCUGCUGUCCACCUGCAAGAAGUGCCCACUGCUCCGGAGAGGGAUGAACUACAUCCUGAUGGGGCAGGUGGAUGAGAAUGGGCGUGGCACUCUGGUCCCUGGCAGUUUCACUCUCUUGUACAAGGCAGCAGCACAGAAGCAUCUGACCAAUCUCAGCAGGCGGCCCUGCUGACCUCACAGCCCCCGGCCAAUCAGAACGUCCCCAAUCCCACCACAGACUUUUACCCCAAACGAAAUUAAAAGUUCAAGUUUACAGCUCCAAUAACAGUCCUGGGUCCCGUUUCACAAAGCAGAGUUAUCUGGAUCACUGCACUGAGUAAAACCUGGAAUCUUCCCAAAUCUGGAACAUGGACUGAAGUAAAAAGAGCUGUUCCGGGUUGCACUCAGUGCAGCCAUUCAGCUGUAGUCCUGCUUCGUGAAACACCUCCCAGGUCAGAUCUUCCAAGAACCAAAAGUUUCAGAGCGUACAUACUGUGCUUCGCCAUUCCUGCCAUCUUUAAACUAAACGCCUGGCGGGGGUCGUCACCUGGGGGGUCGUCACCUGGGGGGUCGUCA